ACAUGCUGCCAGAUAGAUAGGCGGGAGCAGCAACCUCCCACUCCUAUUGCUAUAACAACCACAGGGCGGUCGGUGUGACUCAAUGGCACAGCAGCUCGGAUGCGACUGACUUCCAAGUGUCAUCCUGCAAGUAGCCCGACCUCACCUUACCGCACCAUUGCUUGACACUGAAUUUGCUUGGCGUGGGGGGACUCUGUGUUUCCUCUGUCACAGAAACCCGAAUAGUGGGGAAGCUCAGGAUCCGCUACGUCAAACAGAUUAGUCAAAUAACCUCUCGGGGUAGGACAUACCUCCCUUCCUUGGGUUGCCAGGCUGUAUGCAUGGGCUGAAGAAGCAAGAUAGUCUGCGCUGACAAAUAGCCAGGAAACCCUUGGUGAAAUACAGAAGUGCACUACUUUUUGUCUGGGUGAGACGACUGUAGUGAGCUCCAGCUCUGUCACGUCUUUUCUCCCCCUCCCGUUGCGAAAUGGCGAGAGAAAACGGCGAGUCCAGCGAUGGAUCUUGGAAAAAGCAUGUCGAUGAUAUCAAGAAAAUAUUUGACUUCAAGGAAGUCCUUGGGACUGGUGCAUUUUCCGAAGUGGUGAUGGCUCGGGAGAAGGCCACAGGAAAGAUGGUUGCAAUAAAAUGCAUCCCCAAAAAAGCGCUGAAGGGGAAGGAGACCAGCAUUGAAAACGAAAUCGCUGUGCUUAGGAAGAUAAAGCACGAGAAUAUAGUGGCUCUGGAGGACAUCUACGAGAGCUCCAACCACCUGUACCUCAUAAUGCAGCUGGUGUCUGGAGGUGAGUUAUUUGACCGCAUCGUGGAGAAAGGCUUCUACACAGAAAUGGAUGCCAGCAGGCUCAUCCGGCAGGUCCUGGACGCGGUAAACUAUCUCCACUCCAUGGGCAUAGUGCACCGAGACCUCAAGCCUGAGAACCUGCUGUACUUCAACCCACACGAUGAAUCAAAGAUCAUGAUCAGUGACUUCGGCCUGUCUAAGAUGGAGGGAACAGGUGAUGUGAUGGCCACUGCCUGUGGGACUCCCGGAUACGUGGCUCCUGAGGUUCUCGCUCAGAAGCCCUACAGCAAAGCUGUGGACUGCUGGUCUAUUGGGGUCAUCGCCUAUAUUCUGCUGUGUGGUUACCCUCCUUUCUAUGACGAGAAUGAUUCAAAGCUCUUUGAGCAAAUUCUCAAGGCAGACUAUGAGUUUGACGCACCAUAUUGGGAUGACAUAUCGGACUCUGCCAAAGACUUCAUCAGUUGCCUAAUGGAGAAGGACCCAGAGAAGAGGUUCACAUGUGACCAGGCCCUUCAGCACCCCUGGAUUGCCGGGGACACUGCUCUCUGCAAGAACAUUCACGAAUCGGUCAGCCGACAGAUGCGCAAAAACUUUGCCAAAAGCAAAUGGAGGCAAGCCUUUAAUGCCACGGCUGUGAUUCGCCACAUGAGGCGCCUGCAGCUGGGCACCAGCUUUGGCAGCAACAUCCACAGUGCCAACCCCUCAUCCAAUACCCAGAGCCGGGCUCCAGCCAAGAGCCAGUCUGUGGACUGCGCCCCUCUCUCCCUCAAGGACUGUGCCCCUAUGGGCCCUUUGCCCUCUGCUGUUAAAGUCUACAAUCAGGACUCCAACACCCCGUCUCCUGUACGGGAGGAGCCGUCAGUGGUGGCGGAGCAGUCACGGCCACGACCUUCCACGGUUACCGUCAUCCACACGGGGACUAAAUGACGCCAGGUUCCGCGGGAGGUCAGCUGGGAGACCACAGAGCUUUGAAAUGGGAAAACCACUCCAGGCUUCAGAAUUCAACGUCGUCACCCAGUUUGCCCAUCCCGCCUCCUCCCACCUGCCUCUGUUAAUGCCACUUGUGCAGUGGGAGGAACUUGAGGAGCGUUGGCUCAGCUCCAUUUACCAUGGCUCAGCACGGCACCACAGUGCUUCCCUUCCCACUGUAAUUCAGACAUGGAAGUGUGGAGAGGGAGAGGCUCACUGUGUCUCCAAACCAAAGGUUGUCAUUAUGGAAGCCAUGCACCCUGGAACAUGGUUUGCUGGUAGACAAAAAGGAGCUGGUCUGGGACGUGCCACACUAAGGGAACUCUGUCUUUAUGUCUUUAUUGAAGCUGCUGUAAUUUUGACUGUGAGUGUCUCGAGACGGGAUGCUCCACUGUAUGCCUUGUGUGAAUAUUCUGCCCGGGACUGUUGAGUGGAGUAAUGUUACGCAAGUGAAAUAUGAGCUUCAAGCUACAGUAAAUAAUAGUGACUCUAUCAUCCGCACUCUGAAUUUCUGGUUGUUUUAACAGCUUUCAUUAAUUUUCUGUGGUAACUGCUACAAUGGUUCACUGGGUCAUCAUUUCCAACAGUAUGACAGAUGUUGUAUUUCUUGCUUUAAGGUAUCUGCUCAUGAAACAGAAAUGAGCAGAACCACGUGCUUAGUAGUGUGUGUGUGUGACCGCUGAGAGGGACAGUUUGACGGUGAGUACAUUGUAAUGACGACCUAAUUGAAAUCUAUUGAAUUAUUUAUUUUCAUACAAUAUAUUAUGACUUUUGUAAGAAUAUCACUUACAGAAAUGUUUAAAUGUGUAUUAGACUGAAUCGUCAACUGAAAAGAUGUGUCAACUGACAAAGAGACAAUAUGUGACAGUUAUUACUUUAUAAUUGCUGUUUUAUUUGACAAAUUUGACUCACUUUGAUGUUACUGUGAAGUCCUCCUUGACCACAGGAGGGCAACCAUGUGUACUCACUUUGUGACCAGUUCUCAGGGAUGUGCUUUCAAAUCAAUCUAACCAAACCCCUGUUAAACUCAUCGUAAUGCUAGUGAUGACAUAGUUGAUUAAUUAAACCCCAAAUUCUGCAUAAUGCGCCACUCGGAGUGUUUUGACAAAUUAUUUCAUUUAAACAAACAACAAACAAAAAAAAAACGUUAUUGUUGUCAUUGUGAGGAUGAUGAAACUAACACUGAAUGGGUUGUUUCCCCCUUUAAUAUUCCUGACAAUGCAUUAUAUUAGUUGGAUGAAAAGAUAUUCAGAAUAUAAAAUCAUUAGUGUCAUUUCAUGUGUAUAGUUCAAAUUUAAAACAACAGAUCAAAUGAAUGCAACAUUUAUCUUCAUUAUGGCCUUUCCCUUUACAGAAUUGUCAGAUCAGUAGUGUACAGUUCAGUUAUUAAAAUAUUGCACUCUGCUUCCGCUGGUAAAGUGGCUGGUCUCAAAACAGCUCACAUACCCUGUGUUUAUUCACUGUGCUUUCAUAUCGCCCUGUUGAAUUUAGCGGUGACACGCUGCCUCUCUCUGUUUCUCUCCCAAUGAUUAGCUGGUCACACUGAGAGGUAAAGGGAUGAAAUCUGUCUUGGAAUUAUCUGUAUUUUUCUCUGUAAUACCUCUAUUAAUGUUAAAUCACUUCACAAGAACAUGCCCUAUACUGAGGGCUUGCAACCUUGAAUUGUUGAACUUGUGGUGGAUAUCGACUUGGAGGGUGAGCCUCUGUUUACUGUAAAUACAAAUCUCAGUAACUAUG